AUGGGAAAUUUAAAUGCGAGUCAAGUGAGAGAAUAUAUUGAACAGGAUCUCUCGCCGACUCUCAUCGAGUAUCAGUACAUGUUGAGUCCCGAAUAUACGAGAAAAUGUUCCUAUGCUUGUUGCAAAAUGUAUAAUAGUAAACGAUCCAAGAUUUAUAAAAAGAGGCCUACUUUUGAUAAUCAUGUGUUAACAGAUGAUGAAAAUUUAUCACAACAAGAUGAAUUAAAUUCAUCACCAUCAAUUUCAUCAUCAAUAUCUCCAACAAUGAAUCAACAAGAUCAACAGGAUCAAUUACAUGAAGAAAAUAAUGUGAAUAAUUUGAAUAAUAAUAAUUUGGAUAAUAACAAUGUUAAUAAUAGUAACAAUAAUAACAAUUCUAAUCAUCAUAAUAUCAUUUCAAAUAAUAGUAUUCCACUUUCAUUAUUACCCGAUGAAGUAAAUGUAGUGGUACGAGUCAUUCCGAAACAAUUUGAAAUGGGAGAUGGAAAAUCUAAUCAUUCAAUUAGAAAGGCCAUACAUCAUUCAUUAUCACAAAUUUAUCAUUUAAAUCAAUUAAUUUUGGAUGAUUAUACUUUUUAUAAUCCUUCACAUGGGGAUUUGGAUGAAACUUUUAUAUUAUUUGACGGUCCUUUUAUUCCAAAGCACGCUAAUAUACCAUUAUUAUACGAUGUUUAUGAAAGUAAAAAUGCUUGGUUUAUUGUUUUGGAAAUGUACAAUUAUACUUGGGAAGAAUUGAUUCAAUUCAAUAAGGUUCUUCUUGAAACAGAUGACAUUCGUAGAAGAUUUUUAUUCUAUCAAUUAUUACAGGCAGUUUCACAUUGUCACAAGAAUAAUAUUGCUCAUGGAAAAUUAAUACCCAAUAAUAUUCUAAUCAAUGAAAUGUUGUGGAUUUCAAUUAUUGGACAGGAUAUACUCUAUACUCCAGAACACAUCUCUGAUCAUCAUCAUCACGUUUUACAAACACCAAUGGCAGAAUUUAAAUCACCCUCAAAAACAUCCAAUACUGGUACAGCUGGAAAUAAUAGUACCCUAUUGUCACCACAGAACAUUUCCGAGAAUAGAACCAAAGAUCUAGUUCUCUUAUGGCAGGAGGGUAAAAUUUCAAAUUUUGACUACUUGAUGAAACUUAAUGCUCUUGCUGGGAGGAGACUUGGUGAUCAACAGUAUCAUCCUGUAUUGCCAUGGAUUAUUGAUUUUGAGAGUGACCCAACCGAUCCAAACUCACGUGUUGAAUGGAGAGAUUUAACCAAAACUAAAUUCAGACUCAAUAAGGGAGAUGAAAUGUUGGAUUUUACCUAUCAAUCACCAGAUAAUCCUCAUCACGUUACAGAGCCACUUUCUGAAAUUACCUACUUUAUCUACAAGGCAAGAAGAGUUUCUAUUAGUGCAUUGAGGAAAUUUGUCAGACAAAACUAUGAACCAAAAGAAUAUCCAAAUUCCAUUGUUCGUCUCUAUCAGUGGACUCCAGAUGAAUGCAUUCCAGAAUUUUUCACUGAUCCGAACAUGUUCACUUCCAUUCAUACAGACAUGACUGAUUUAGUAUUGCCGCCGUGGGCUUCUACACCUGAAGAAUUUAUUCAAAAGCAUAAAGCUGCCCUGGAGAGUGACUAUGUGAGUCAGAAUAUUCAUCAUUGGAUUGAUUUGAUUUUUGGAUACAAGCUUAGUGGACACCAUGCCAUUGAAGCUAAAAAUGUCAUGUUGAGAAAGGAAAAUAACGACUUGUAUCCUUCACGUUUUGGAUUUGUUCAAUUAUUCUUCGAACCACACCCCCCUAGAUAUUCCACAUCAAAUUCUAUUAUGGAGAGAAUGCACUUGUAUGAAAAUUCUGUCAAAUUCAGUAGCAAGUACUUUACCAGCUCUGCCUAUCAUGUUGUACCAUUCAUUGAAAAGAUUAAUCGUUCUCGAGUUCAAUCCAAAGGCGAGCUUUAUAAUGAUGACAUGUUUGCUGUUGGAUGUUUGCUAGCCUCUCUCUAUACUUUUGAGCCAUUAUUUAAUACGAGGUCUCUUGAAAAGUAUAUUAGGGAGACUGGAAUGUUGAACCAUCAACCAGAAGUACCUGCAUUGAAAAAGAUCAGUCAACCUGCUCGUUCCAUUGUUGAAAAGUUAAUUGAUAUCAAUCUUUCAAAAGGAAAGAAGGCACUCUUUAUUAACCAAUCCAAAAAAUAUUUUCCAGAAUAUUUCAAGUAUUGUCAUUGGGUUCUCUCAAAUUUAUACCUCUUUCAGAGUCAUUUGGAAAGAUAUAAUUUUGUAUUGAGACAAAUCAAACCACCAAAUAAUUCACAAGAAUUCCAAGAGAGUAUUAUGGCUCUUCCACCUGAUGCUCUCGAUUUAGUUCUUCCUCACAUUCUCCACAUGUUCUUUGUGAAAAAGAUGGAAAAAAAUUCACCAAAUCAUUUUGUUCACAUCCAACCAUGGACUUAUGGUAUUGAAAUUUUGAGAGGAAUGGUAAGAUAUUCGAGAGAGAAAUUCCUUUCCAAAUUCAAAGAGUGUGACUCGGCCAAAAAGAUACUUAAAUUGAGACUCUAUCAAUUGUAUAUGGAAAAUGAAAGAGUAGAGUCCAUUUUAAAUAGCACAUCUUCCUCAGAUAAUGAAUCUUCAUCACCAAACAAUACCAUUCCAGAAAGAUCAGACUUGUUGUUACUACCUCUCAACUUGUAUUCAUAUUCAUUUUCUUCAUUAAUUUAUAAUGUAAUAUUGUCUGAUGUUACACACAAACCUUAUAGUAAGGCUUCUCAAACAUCAUCAACCACAUACUCUGAGGGUAUCACUAAUCCAACAACUAAGGAUCAAAAGCGUUUAUUCUUAGAACAAUUAUUACCAUUCUUUAUUGAAGGAUUAUUCACUAAUUGUGUCAAGUUUCCAGAAAUUUCCAAAAAGAUAUGUGCUACACUGUGUAAAUUAUGUAACGAUUUUGGAAUUAUUGUUUCGAUACAAUACAUUUUGGAUCCAUUACUAUUCAAACUGAGAAAAAAGAUUAGACAUUAUCAAUUCGAUGAGAGUAUCUUUUUACUAUUGAAUAAUUUGAGCUCCAAUUUGGGAUAUGGAACAAUUGUUAGUUACUAUGCAUCUAAAUUCUUUUCUAUCAUUUUACAAGAAAUCAAGACAUACGAUCUAACCUCUAGUUCUAUAACAAAUCUUGAAAAUUUAAAGAGGAAUGCAACUAAUAUUAUUGACUUGUUAGAGAAUAUUCUCGAAAGAACCACAAAUCAAACUCUUGUUGUGAAUAAUAUUUUACAAACAAAUCAAGUCUUGAUUAAUAAUAUUAUGGAGGCAACCUAUAAUUUAGCUAUUCAAAAUGAUGAUUCCAAUAAUCAAUUUGUUUACAUUUUGGACAUUUUUGAGAGAAUUACUCACUUUUUGUGUAGACUCUUCCAUAUUUGUGACCUUAAAGUUAGAAUUCAAAUAUUCCAAAACUCUAAAUCUACAUUUAGAAAAAUCUUGUGCUCUGCCGUUUACUUGGAUGGAUACUUUUCACAACAACUUGCUGUGGCACCAUCUUUUGCAAAUCUUUCCAAGAAUCCUAUAGUAAAUAGCCAACCAUUAGCCAGCGAUUUAGUUGAUGAAGAAGCGAUUCAGGCCCAGACCAUUCAAGCUAAUUCUACAAAUAAUGAGGUUACAAAGAAAAAGGGUAUUCGAUCAUUCUUUGAGAGAUUCAAACGUGGAGAUUCUACAGCAUCUGAUGAUAAGAAUUUGGAUAUUUCGACCAAUGAUAGUCCCGUCGAGGAUGAAUCUACCAAGGAGAGUAAUGACGAUGAAAAUUGUGGAUUCAAAAAUAAUAGACAUUUCAAGAUGGGUUGCACCUUGUAUAGAGAGCUCUGUUGCGUUUUUGGAAAUUCUACAAUGAGAGAGGCUGUAUUGAAUAGUAAGAUGCUCGAAGACAGUCUUACAAAAGAUACUGUUGAUUUUUCAGAGAAUGAUGCAGAUGAGCUCAAGUCAAAGGAGCCUAAAAUUCAAUACUCCAAAGCAAAAAAGGUUACCUCAGAAAAGAAUUCUUGGUACAUUCAUAACCAACUAUCAAGUGGAAAAAUAUUUGAAAAAUCAUUUGCAUUCAAUAGUUUUGAUAGAGAAACUUCUGAUGUUAAAUUUAAGGGAAUUUUGGAGUAUGAGCUUUCAGAUUUGAAAUUUAAUGACUUAUCACUUAGAUGUAUUGAUGUUUGUCCAUCAGAUGAGAGAAUUAUAUUAACUGGUGGAGGUUUAUUGCGACAUCACUCAAAUCCUGUUGUACGUUUGUGGAAUUUGGAAUCUUCUUCUAUGGAGAGCACCUAUUUGUGCUAUCAAAAUACUGGAACUACUAACAAGCAAUUAUUUAGAUCUCAAGUUGACAAGGUAAAGUUCAUUUCAGAUAACAAGUUUCUGUGUAAGGAUAGUGGAGGAAAUAUUCACUUAUUUGAUGUUGAGACAACUAAAUAUUUGUAUACUGUUGGUGCAGGAUCUCCAUCUAUUAAUCAAGAAUUGAAUGGUACUAUGAAUUUCAUUACUUUUGAAACAUUGACAAAUAAUCCUAACAUUCUUGUGGCUAGUAGUUAUUCGUCUGUUCCUAAUGUGCAAUUUUAUGAUCUAAGACAACCUUCCAAGUCUUGUGCCUUUGAGUGGAAGUUAUUCACAUCCCAAUCAUCAAAUUAUGUACCAAACAUGAUGUCAUCAACCUCUUCUGCUGUGAUUGGAGAACAUAACAUCAAAUGCAUUUCCAAGUGUCAUCCAAGAGAUAACUUUUUAACUAUUGGACUAUCUAAUGGCGUGAUAUUUUUAAUGGAACAACAUAGUGGAUUGAUUUUGGAUUCAUUCUGUUCACACGAAAAUGGAGAGCUUACUAAAAUAUUGCCAUACGAUGGAACCAAACCUGGACACUUUAUCACAUGCUGCCGUAAGACUGUUUCAUUUGAUAAUAGCCCCUCCACAAUUACAGGACCAGUAGAAGAUGCAGCUGACUAUAAGAAUGACUUAAUUCGUGUUUGGGAUACAAGAAACUCUGUACCAUCCAAGUGUAUCAAGGCAUUCCAGGUUUCCAACAAUACCAAUCAAGAUUUAGUUUCGAAUGCUCCAAUCAUUUCGUUCGAUUUUUAUAGUAGACCAGAAUGUGAUCAAUUAUUUGCAUUGCAACCUGAUAGAAUUCUCUACUGUAAAUCUUCCAGUUUUGUUUCUACAAGAAAUGUAAUUGACAGAUUGAACUCUAAAUCCUCGAACGACUUCAAGAACAAACAAAGAAAGCUUUCUAAAAAGAAGAGAGAAAUUCCAAUCGAUUCAGACAAUAGAGAGGUUUUAUAUUGUGAAGGGCAAGCAUUUAACAAUAUUUCAAGCGAUUCCAAUAAUGGAAACUACACUGACGUUAAAUAUUUACCUCUUCACAAAUUACUGCUUGUUUCUACUGAUACAGGCAAACUAAAAGUUUAUUCAUAAAGUUGUUGUUUAAUUG